CAUGCUGUGUUGCCUUCUUGGCUGGAAGAGUAGUCAAGCUCCUUUUCUUCCCCUAGGCUUUUUUUCCCUCAUUGGUCAGGAGCCCCCCUCCCCUCCUCUCUGUUGGGUGGGGUGCCAAUAACUUUAUUGGAGGCUUCUGAUUGGCUGGAUCGCUGUUCUGAAUGCCCCCCACCUCCCCUUCUCCCCUCCUGGGCUGGGAGAGUGGGUUGAAGCGGAGCCCUCCUCUUUGCGGAAAAGAUUCCUUUUAGGACUAGCUGAGCUGCUCUGGAGCCUGAGGCUGGUGACCCCAGGGCUGGCCGAGGGGUGAUGCUGGCCCCCAUGGGGCUCCUCGGUCUGGUCCUGUUCUGGCCGCUGGUGGCAGUGACUGCGGAGAAGAUUCCAGAUUCGCAGGUGGGGCAGGCGGCCUCCUGCAUGACUGCAUGCGCAGGGUCAGCUGGGCCCCACCUCCAUGUGGGAACCAGAUACAGCUAUCGCUUUUCCACCAACACCAGCACCAGCCUGCAGGAGGUCCCGGUGGAGGGGAGUGGCCUUGGCCUCCAAGGCUUGGCUGUCCUUGAUGUGCUUGGCCCAUGCCAGAUGGCUUUACGGCUCCGAGACUUCCAGGUGACAUCCAUCCGGGGGUCCAAGGUGGAGCUUCUGAAGGAGUCAGAGAGGCUGAGCACUGCCCUGGGCCGUAACCCGCUCCGCUUCAUCCUGCAUUCUGGACGUGUGGCCCGCCUGUGUCCCCGCCCCGCUGAGCCCCGCUGGGUGCUGAACGUGAAGCGUGCCGUGCUGAGCCUCCUGCAGGGCGAUGCGGGGGCCUGCAGCCCCAAGACCCUGGAUGAAGUGGACAUCCUGGGCCGAUGUCCUACCACAUACCAGUGCCAUGGGGACUGGCUGCACAAGACCAAGGACCUGGCUCGGUGCUCCCUGCGCAGGGGACGCUCCUCGCUGCAUUCUCAGGCCCUGCCUGGAGUGGCCCCUGGCCUGGCCUCCCGUCUGACCUGUGUCCAGAGCUUCCGGGGUGGCGUGCUGCGGGAGGCCUCCUGCACAGAGCUGGACACCGCAGGACCGCUGUCCGUGAAGGCGAGCGCUGUGCAGAUUCGAACUCUCUCCUCACUCAGCCUGCUGCACGAGUUGGCCCGAGAUCCAGCGGGCACAGAUCCAGAUGAUGGAGGCGAUGAAGACAUGACCCCAAGCAGCCUGCUAUACGAGUGGGAAGAGACUCCAUCCCAGGCCAUGGUGGCCGCUGCGGACGACUUAGUGAGGAGGCUGUGCCUGGCUCAGACAACCAGCUUGCAGGCUAUGGACUUGUUCCUGACACUGGUGUCCCAGCUCCACGGCCUUUCUGGGGGUGAACUGAUGGAACUCUGGCGACAUUCUUCCUUCAAAUGCCGAGACAACGGGCAGCCGCUGCUGGAUGCGCUGCGCUCCUGUGGGACGGAGCCCUGCGUGGGCCUCAUGAAGGAACUCCUCGUAUCCGGGGAGGUGGAGCCAGACGAGGCGGAGGCGUGGCUUUCAUCACUGGCCUUCAUCCCACAGCCCACAGAUGCCAUGGUCCACGUGCUGCUGCCACUGCUCCAGACACCACGGGCCAGCCCCAGUGCCUUCCUGGGCAUCUCAGCCCUGGUGCACAACCUCUGUGCUUCUCUGGAUGGGCCCUGCGGGCAGCUGCCUGGAGUCAGCUCCCUAGUGAGCAUCCUGGGAGAGGCCUUGGGUGAGAACUGUACCUUCCGGGAGCCCUCAGAAGUUGACAAGCUCCAGCUUGUGCUGAAGGCGAUCGGCAAUGCGGGCUUGGCAGCCAUGGCUCUCACCCCCACACUCAGUGCCUGUGCGUCUCUGCGAAGCAGCACCCCUGAGAUCCGGCUGGGUGCCAUUCAGGCCUUCCGGAGGGUCCCCUGCUCUGCAAACCGAUCAGCGCUCUCCCAUCUGUACCAAUCCCCGGAGGAGGAUGUUGAGAUCCGUAUCAAUGCCUACCUGGCCCUGAUGAGAUGCCCCAGUGAAGAGGUGUUUGCUCAGGUGCGGCGCACCCAGGCAGGCGAGCUGUCCACCCAGGUGGGUUCUUUUGUGUGGAGUCACCUCUUGCAGCUGCUGGAGACGCACGACCCCCUGAAACGAGCCCUCCGGGACACCCUCCCUGAGGACAUCCUCAGCCAGGAGUUCCACCCGGAAAUGUGGAAACACUCAUCCUAUUCUGAUGUCACCUUCCGCUCAGCGUCUGGCAACCUGGGAGCCAACUUGGAGGGGACUCUUCUCUUCUCUCCUGUCUCCUUUCUUCCCCGGAGCCUGCAGUGCCCUGCUCAAGGCUUCUGGCUUGGGCUCCGGCUGGAAAAUGCUGAGGAAAUUGCUCGCAGGCUGUUUGGCAGGAAGUCAUUCUGGGGUCAGGAAGACGGAAGAGAGGCCGAGGCAGAGAAGCCCCCAGGACCGGAACCUGGGCCUGCAUCACGGCCAGCCAGUCCCAAGUGUCCAGGAGACAGAGCUAGAAGGAUGAGAGACCUUCAGCAGAAGGUGACCCAGAGGCGUGGGGUCCAGCAGCCUCUGCGAUGCCAGCUGAGCAUGAAGGUGCUGGGGCAGGAGCUGAGUUUUGUGAACUGUGGGGCCACGGGGAGUCACGUGAAGCACCGGUCGCUGAGCCUGGCAGAGCUCGCCAUCAAGCUCCUGAAGGGGCAAGAGGUACAGAUGAACCGGAGGCUGAGCCUGGCCGCAGAGGAGCUGGCCUUUCCCACAGUGUCUGGCCUCCCUGCUCAGCUGACCCUAAAUGCCUCGGCCGCCAUCAGCAUCCGGGUCCGAGGAAUCGCCGACUUCCAGCAGCGCUCGGAUUUCUCUGUGAAUGGUUAUGUCAAGCCCAGUGCCCUGCUCCAGAUCUCAGCUCAGAUGGGCACAACGGGAGCCUUGGGGCAGGCUGGGCUGAGGUGGGUGACCAGCGUCCGCAGCGCCGCCAGCCUGGAUGGAGGGAUCCAGAUGCAGAAGGGCCGGGACCUCAAGGUGCAUCUGAACACGCCCGAGGAGGCUGUGGAGCUGCUCAGCUUCAGCUCUCAGCUGUACCUCGUUACCAGGGAUGGCGUGAGGAGCCUUAGACACAUCCCUGUCCCUUCUGAGGCCCAGUCCUGUACUGGUGAGGAAGUGUCCUACGCCUGGGGCUGGCAGCUGUGCGCUGGAGUGACCUGGCCGGUGCCUGGCCAGCCCUACCUGCUCUCAUUGCCUGUGUUUGCCGCUGUGACGCUACAGAAGCGGGACCCGGGGCUCCGACAGUACCUGCUGGAAGCUGCCUGUUCCCUGCACCCCCAGAAGGACAGCUGGUUGCCUCAAGAAGCCACAGCCCACAUCUUCAUGGGCACGCCCGGGUCGGAAGUGCCGAGGGACGUCGGGGUGGACGUCAGCUACAGCUUGCCUCAGAGCAAGUUCCGGGUCAAGCUUCUCCAUCCCAGGAAGAAAAUCGAGCUGGACGGAAAGAUGGAGGCUCUCGGGAGCGUCCACAUGGGUCACUUGGAGCUGGUAUUGGAUGACAGGGAUGUCUACUACAUCAAGGGCUGGAGUGACCUGCAGCCACCCAUAGGCAGCGAGGCGGAGAGGUUCCAGGCACAGCUGGAGGUGAAGCUGGUGACAGGGGGCAGCCCCAUCGUCUUUACAGGGAACCUCACGUGGCAGGCGGGCAGCAAGCUGGCCUUCUCUGCAUUGCUGAGCCAUCUGCUGAGUGACCCGGCCCACGUGACAGCAAUGCUGGAAAGGAAGGAGGAAGAUGGACGGUGGGUGGCCGCCCUGGGUGCCGAGGUCUUUGUGCCAGGGCUGGCGGGGCUGCGUGCCCUUGGCCUGCUGCAGCAGCGGGGCCGGCUCUGGACCAACUCCCUGAGGAUCCAGUACAGCCUCCUGGCUCAGGCAAAGCAGCCAGCGCACCAGUGCAGCACCAGCCAGAAGCUGCAGACAGAGAGCGGCUCAGACGGCACCUACAGGCUGGAGCUGGGCCACGAGUUCCACUGCACACAGAUCCCGGCCUUCAGCCACAAGGUCCAGCUCUGGCACGAGGAGGACUCGGGCCACCUGCACUCACAGCUGGAGGUGAGCUAUGGGAAGCACUGGGAUGACAGCGGCAACAAGAGGCUUCUCCGUGUCAGCCAGACCUUCAAGAAUGACUCGGGGCCCGCCCUGAGCAAUCACUUCGUGGAGUUUGUGCUGCAGGUGCCCGAGAGGCAGGUGGAUUGCCGCGUGCAGCUGUACCACUCAAGCCUCCGCCUGCCGCACAUGGAGAGCAGCAGUCACCUGAAGGUGCAGUACAACAGGCGGCCACUGUUUGUGGCAGGCGGGCAGUGGAAGGACACAUCUCGGACCACCCUGUGGAAAUGGGAAGGAGCCUUGAACCUGGAUAGUCCGUGGCUGAUGGUCUCUGCAGCUCACAGGUUGUACUGGCCACACCGAGCUGUGUUCCAAGCUGUCCUGGAGCUGACGCUGGGCAAGGCCUGGACCCUAAAGGGCCUGGUGGUCAAUGUGGACUGCAGGAGUCAGGGCUCCACCAGGGAAGGCAAGAUCGAGGUCUACACUCCAGCUACCACCUACCUCCGGGUUUCCAUGGUGACAGUCUUGGCACAGAGCCUCUUCCACAGCUGGAGCAAACUCGAGUCAGCCUGGAACGCAGCAGUGCAGGGUGAGAUCCAUGCUGAGAACAGCUGGGACCGUAAGAUCCUGCACUGCUGGUUGAAAGGCGCCCAGCGGGAGCUCAACCUAACAGCCACCUACAGGCGCCUCGAGUGGCCGCGGAAGACCCAGGUGUCACUGAUGGCUCUGGGGACCGGUACCCAUGGCCAGCCUCGGGGCCUGCAGUUGGAGGGUGAGCUGGAGGAGCUGAGGCGAGACAGGACAUUGUACCAGAAACGGGGGACAUUGCUCUUUCGGCACCCCUUGCGCCUGCCCAUCCCGCAGAGCCUUGUCCUGCAGGGGACCUUCACAGCUGACGGGCGACACCAGCGCUAUUCCCUGGAGACAAGGGUUGUCCUGAAUGGCCAAGAGGAAACCCUGCAGACUGUCGUUCUGGGCUACCAGGCGGGACACCCCUAUGUCUGUGCAGGUCUGACGCAUCCAUACGAUGGCACAGCCAUCCCCAGGAACACAGAGGGGUGCCUGGUUACUUGGAAUCAGCACAAGGCUAAGAAAAGGGAGGUCGAGGCCACUUUGAAAGUCAACCGGAAAGCUGUACUGCACUUAAAGGGUCUGCAUCAUGACAGAUCUCAGCGCGGGGAAAGCCGGCACAGCCUAGCCCUGGACUUGGCCCAUUCCUACCAGCUGAGCUUCCCCCAGACCCUGAGCUGGGAUGGGGGCAUCAUCUUUAGACAGAGUCCUCCAGGAACAUUCAAUUUUGGCGUGGAUACUCGAGCUGCCAUCAACCACAACAUCACAUCCCAGGUCUCGGUCCAGCUGAACAGAUCUGACUCCGACUUGGCGUUUUUCUUCCAACUCAGACAUCCCCACAGACCAACAUUUCCUCCAAACUUCCAGGUGCAGGCAGCUGCCAGACACUACAGAGUGCGCAGCCUCAACGGGUCCCUAUCUGUGCAAAUGUCCGGCCAGGAGAUGGCUCUGCUGGAGGUCGACGCCAGCCAGGACACUCGGAGGAGCAGCCGGGGCUGGGGCGUGAGUGUCCUUCUCCACCAGGCUGUCCUCAGCGCCCCCAGGGCUGUUCGGCUGCAGCUGUCUGGAAAGAUCACCCCAGCAAGGAUUUGGCUGUUUUCCAAGGCACUACUGGACCAGAACACAGCACAGCUGCUCUUCAAGGCAUCUGAGGAAAGGAGGGGAGGCCAGGUCCUGACCUUACAGAGCCGAACCCGGCACACGGUGGCUGGCUGGGCAGCGAUGCCCCGCCUCCUGACACUCACAGGAAGGCUGAAGCAGGAGGAGACACUUCGAGAGGGCACCCUGAGAGUCACUGCUGACUCAGCUGUGCUGGGUUUCCUCCUGCGGGACAAGCAUGAGAAGGCAGGGAACGGCACCAGCGUGCACAGCGUGACCUGUGUCCUCACCCAGAACAGCAGCCAGGCCUUGCCCGCAGAGCUCCAGCUGAAGGGCCGGCUGCACGCCCAGAGGAGGAACCUGAGGGUGCAGGCCAGCAUCCGUGCCCACGCGGCCAGCCUGGCUCUGGAUGGAGCUUGCUCCUGGGGCCAGCUUGCAGGUGGACUGCCGCACGGUAUCAGCACGCUGAGUGAUGCAGGUAGGAUGAGUGGUCCAGGCAGAACAGCCUCUUCCUCCAAGACUUCCAAGUCCCGGACUCUUCCGGACUGCCUCCCCCCACCUGGCUUCCCCCUGCCUGCCUCCGCCAAUCUGGCCUCCUCACCCCAACCCGUUCCAAUGAAGACAGUGGAGCCCCUGGCCCCUCAGUUCCUCCUUGGGGCUCCUCCCCUGGAGAAGCCUCACGCCGCAGCUGUCUUCCUCAGUAUUCUCAGAAAUGAAAAGCAGGAAGCCACCUUGGUCAACUGCAGCGGAGACACCUCAUCCACCCAGCUGUUAGGACUCUGCCGAGGGGACAUCACUGGGCAGCCUCUCGAGGUCUUCAUGGACAUUCACAACGGCAGCUCGGGCUUUGAGCAUUCUGGACGCAUCCUGAUGGGACCCACAUCUCUCAACUACUCUGUGAGCUGCUGUUACCAUGAUGGGCACCUGGAGCUCUCUGGCCAGAGCUGGCACAACAGUGAGACCUUGUUGCAGGCGGGAUUCCCAGGCGAGGCCUCCCUGCAUGCAGAGCUGCAGAUACACGAGUCCCAGACCCAGGCCAACGUGGCCCUCCGUGGCAGCGACGGUGGUGUCUUCGUGGACCUGGCAGCCCUGGUGGCUUGGCCACUGCAUGGCCCGCUGCAGAUGAUGGCCAAUGCCAGCCACACAGUGCCUGCUCUGCAGAGGCUGGGCCUGCCCUUCUCCAGCCAGCUCGUGUUCCUAGGACUCUGGGCGGCAGAAGAGAUGAGCUCCUUGCUGCGCCUGACCUGCGAUUCUCAGGCCAUCUUGGUCCUUGACAUCCAUGGCCAGAAGCAGGCAGUCAGCAAAGAGCUGCUGCUCUCAGGCCGGCAUCGCCUCCCCUCCCUCCUGGGCCGCUGCCCCAGCUCAGCCUCAGUCUCGGCUAAGCUACACUACUCCAAGGGUGAGGUUCAGAGCACAUUUGCCUUGGGUGUGGAGGAGCAUCAUUUUCACAUCAGCACACAGCUGGUAGCUGCUAAGGCCAGUCUUGCCAACUUCAUGAAGCUGGAACAUUCCUUCCUGCAGCUCAGCGCCCUUCCCGGGGAGCUGGUCCUGCAGACCACAUAUGAGAGAGCUCAUGGGACCCGUGUCCUGCGCCACAUGGUGCUGUGGGAUGGCCAGGAGUUGGCCCUCACUGGGAGCCUCUCCGGGUCUCUCCCCAGGCCCUUCAGGAACCUCAGCCUGCAGGUGGAGCUCACCCACCUGCUGCCCCUCCCCCUGCCUCAACACUGCAGCCUCCGCCUGUCCUCACAGCAUUCGGGAGGCAGCCACCGGGACGGCCUGGUUGUCGGCUGGGAUGGCAGGGACCAGGUGCUGGUCUCCUCCUCCCUGUGGCUGGGGAAGAGUGAGGUGGCUGCCCGCCUGGCCCUGGCUCACCCAUUCAACAUCUCCUGGCAGCAAGCCGAGGCCAGUGGCCUUGCUGAGAGCAGGGGUGGCAGGCAGAGCCGGCAGGUUCAGCUCACCUGGAACAGAGGACAGCCUGUGACUCUGCAGCUCACCUGGGCCGACAGGUUCGCAGCACACAGCACCACCUGGGACGGCUGCCUGGCUGCCUCCCCGGGGCAGCUCCAGGAAACCUUGGGCCUGGAUCACCUCCGGGCCUGCGGGGCCAUAACACAGACCGCAGCUGUGUUCACUGAACAGCUCGACCUGUCCUGGGGCCAGCAGCGUAUGCGGCAGAACUUGACAUACGAGAGGCAUCAGCCGUCUCAGCCAGAAAAAAUCGUUGUGGAGGCCAUGCUGAAGCACGUCCUCGGGGCCUCUUGUGCCCGGCAGAGCUUCCGGGGAGAAGUACAGACUGACUACGCACACUGGCUGCAGCACUCCCUCCGCCUGGGGCUCUGUGACCUGCCCAGGGCCCUCUUGGUCUCCGGGGAGCACAUCCUGGGCCGGGGUGGGCUCCUGCUGCGUUCCCGCUGCCAGGUGGGCCUCGCUCCAGCCCCAGAACACGGCCUGCACCUCAGUCUGACCCUCCGAAACCACAGCAGGCCUCACUCGCCUGACUUCUCCGGGGAGCUAGAGCUUCGUGGCUCCAAGGCUCACCGGGUUGGCCUACUGGGACGUGUCUCUACCUCAGCUUCUCAAAGCCUGGUCCAGUUGGAGGGAAAUGUGGACAAUAGGGAGGAGAAAGUGAAGCUGUCUGUGUCCGGCGUCCCAAGCUGUCUCCAGGCCUCUGUGGCCCAUGAGGAGGGGGGCAGAGAAGAGAGUGUGGUGCUGCGGGCAUGUGCCGACCGGCGGACAGCGGAGGUGGAGGUCCUGUUCCGGGAUGGCAGGCAGCCCUUCCAGCCCCUGGGCCGCCUGACCCUGCAGGCUGCCAACCACAGCCUCCUGCUGGCUGCACACGGCUGCGAGGGGCGCCUGCUGGGCCAUGUGGAGUCCAGGAUUGCAGCAGUUGGCUCCCAGGUGCAAGCCCGGCUGGAAGAGAAGGUUCGAGGCUUGGGUGCCUCUGUGAGAAGGUUGCAGCACUUGGUACAGCGGGGAGGCACCCUGAAUGGCCUGGCAGGCUUCCUCCUACAGCUGUCCCAGGCAGGGCUAGAGGCCGUGCAAACAAGUGGUCGGGCGGUCACCACCUUGUGGGGCCACAGCCAGGCCUGGCAGGCAUUGACACAGCACCUGCCUCUUUAUCUGGACCGGCUGCAGGUGGGGCUGGAGCAGCUGCGGAACGAACUGGAAUGGCCCCUGGCCACACUGAAGGACGCCUACCUGGAGGUGACGCUGCGGCCCCUGGAGGAGGUGUGGCGGGAGCGGGCUGAGGAGGCCAUGUGGUGGCUGCAGACCUGGGUGCCCGGAAUGCCAGGCAACGGGGGUCCCAGGCCCAUCAGGAUGGCCCUGGGGGCCGUGAAAGGCGCCCUGGAGCUGGUGGCCCACCAGAUGCUGUCCUGGGCUGAGGCCACAUUCUCACGGGCACUGAAGAGGCUCUGCAAACCCCUGCUGGACCUGUAUGACCUCGCAGCCAGGAACUACUCCGUGGUGGUGACGUUGCCACUGCUGCCUUGGGGAGAUGAGCCCCUGGACAUGGCCCGGCUGACCAGCUACCUGGUGGAGGAGAAGCUGCUGCGGCCGCUCCGAGAGCUGUCCAGGGCCAACGUGCUGGCGGAGUUCUACCGGCUCAGACACCGCCUCCUGCAAGGUCCCUGGGAGUACCAUGCCCUGGUGGCCGGGGCCCAGCAUGUGGUGACUUUUGACGGCCGGGUGUGGGACCUCAGCGCCCAGUGUGGCAGCAUCCUGCUGGCCCAAGACUUUGCUCACAACACAUUCUCCCUGAUGCUGAGUCGGACAGGCUCGGGGCUCACGGCCCUGAUUGUGGAGCUCAACCACCUGACCCUCAUCUUCUACCCCAGCCUGCAGGCCUACAGGCUGUACAACUCCUCCCUGCCGGGGGAGAGCUGUCCAGACCUCCAGCUGCCUCUUGCCAUGAAAAGAAAGGACAUCCCCAGGAUUGAGCUGGCCAGUGAGGACGGGGUCUCCAUCUCCUGUGAUGUUCCCACCGGCCUCUGCAGCCUGACUCUGGGCCUCUGGCAACACGGCAUAUCUGCUGGCCUUCUGGGCACCAACGACAAUGAAGCAGGCAAUGAGCUGAUGUUGCCGGAUGGCUCUGUGGCCCACAGCCUGGAGGGGCUCAGCGUGGCCUGGCAGGUGGAUGGUGACUGCAGGGCCACUGAGAAGACUCAGCAGGCCUGCCCCGGACACAGCCCCACCUGCCGGGCCUUCUUCGAGGACCCCCGCUCCAGCUUGGGAAACUGCUUCCGGGUGGUGGACCCUGCACCAUUCCUCAGCCUGUGUGUGCAGGACCCCUGUGGCACCCGGGAGCUCCAGCCUGCCUGCACUCUGGCGGCCGCCUACAUCCACCUGUGUGCCCGCAGCUUCGUGCCCCUGGCCCCUCCUCCACAGUGUGCUCCUUGACAAGGGCAAGAUUCUUGGCUGGGACAGAAUAACCAGCAUGGAAUGCCAGGAAACUCAGAACGGCAAGUGCUUCAAAUGGAGGGAAGAAGAGCUGUUUGCCAUUGUGCUCAAAAUACUUCUGAGGAC